UCCUUGUGUUGUGUUUUCACGAAGGAGCUGCUGCUUUUAUAUCCGAAAACACGCCAGACGGUAAAAUCCUUUCCUCGUCUCAUUUUCCUUUCUUUUUAUAGUUUACUUUUAUAUCUGGUGUGCCUCUUUUCGUCUUGUUUUAUUGAGUCUCCGUUCGUGACAGGUGAACUAACUGGCUAGAUGCUGAUUUGCUAGUCAGUUAGCCAGCCAGUGUCAAGACUGAUCCAGCUGACUGAACUGAACAUCACAUAAACACGACAGCACGAGAUCCGUCUGAUUCGACUCCGAAGAGAAGAAAUGACAAUUAAAUACAUGUCAUGUUAAUUUGACCACGCUCUCUGUUCGGAGGCGUUUCUUUUAUUACGCAGCUACGGUUAGCUGCUUAGCUGUUGUACACAUUUAAUAACCGCUAACGUUAGUGCUGAUCGGACUGAGUUGGAGAAAUGGGUUCAAUUCUCAGCCGAAGAAUCGCUGGUGUUGAAGACAUCGACAUCCAGGCCAAUUCUGCAUACAGAUAUCCUCCAAAAUCAGGAAACUAUUUUGCCAGCCACUUUUUCAUGGGAGGAGAAAAGUUUGACACUCCUCAUCCCGAGGGUUACCUUUUUGGGGAAAAUAUGGAUCUCAACUUUCUCGGUAACCGUCCAGUGCAGUUUCCCUAUGUUACUCCAGCUCCCCAUGAACCAGUCAAGACACUGAGAAGUCUUGUCAACAUCAGAAAGGACUCGUUACGAUUGGUCAGGUAUAAAGAUGAUGCUGAUACUCCCACCGAUGAAGGAGUAAAGCCAAGAGCCAUGUAUGGAGUGGAGUUCACCUUUGACUCUGAUGCACGAGUGGCCAUCACUCUCUACUGUCAGGCCUUUGAGGAGUUCUCCAAUGGGAUGGCGAUAUACAGCCCCAAAAGCCCUGCGCUGGUCUCUGAAACAGUAUAUUACAAAAGAGGGGUUAGCCAGCAGUUUACCCUGCCAUCCUUCAAGAUUGAUUUCUCUGAAUGGAAGGAAGAAGAUCUCAACUUUGAUUUGGACCGAGGUGUUUUUCCCAUGGUGAUUCAGGCUGUGGUUGAUGAAGGAGAUGAUUGUUUGGGACAUGCUCAUGUACUGCUUGCAGCAUUUGAAAGACAUGUUGAUGGCAGUUUCUCAGUGAAACCUUUGAAGCAGAAACAAAUAGUGGAUCGUGUUAGUUAUUUGUUACAGGAGAUUUACGGAAUUGAAAACAAAAAUAAUCAGGAAACAAAGCCGUCUGAUGAUGAGAACAGUGACAACAGCAACGAGUGUGUGGUGUGUCUGUCGGAUCUGCGGGACACUUUGAUUUUGCCCUGUAGACAUUUGUGUCUGUGUAACUCCUGUGCUGACACUCUACGCUACCAGGCCAACAACUGUCCUAUCUGCAGACUGCCGUUUCGAGCUCUUCUUCAGAUCCGGGCUGUAAGAAAGAAGCCCGGAGCUCUUUCUCCUGUUUCCUUCAGCCCAGUUCUGGCUCAGAGCAUGGACCACGAUGAGCAUUCGAGCUCAGACUCCGUUCCUCCAGGUUUUGAGCCCAUCUCUCUGCUGGAGGCGUUGAACGGUGUGGGUGCCGUUUCUCCUGGCAUUCCCUCGGCACCUCUGUAUGACGAGAUCAACUUCUCUGGCAGUCUGAGUGGAGAGAGCCGGCAGCUCAGCUCACCUGAUCACUCUGGAGACAGUGCAGGACAGAAGAGCAAAGUCAGCAAAUCCCCCGACAGCACUCUGCGCUCUCCAUCGUCACCCAUUCAAGAGGAGGAUGAAGAGAAGCUCUCAGAGAUGUCUGAUGCCCAGGCUCACAUGCUGCUUUCCAGCAGUCCCGCACCCACUGAGGGCACAGCUGGGGAUGAUGCGCCUGAUUCACUGUCUCCUGAAGAGGAGGAUCAUCUGAAUCUGGAUGAAGAGGCCAUGAAUGACUGCAGCAGCGAGCACAGCAGCUUUACCAAAACUGAAAGUGAAACGCCUGGAGACCUGUCUCUUCCUGGAUUUUCUGACUCGUCUGAAAGUCUGAGCACUCAGAGUACCUGCUGCUCCAGUCAGCCGCUCCUGGGUCCCUCAAGCCAUUUGCACAUGGACGAUGAAGAACUGGAUGUUUAACCAUACAGGACCAUCUCCCUCCCUCAAGUCUGUGUCCACCCCGUCCUCAAUUUCCACUCUGCAGUUCGAUGCACUCCAUUUUCAGACUCUCGCUUUAAAUAUGACUGACUCUAAUGUUGUUUUUGGAUGCAGCCGUGGAGUUUUCUUCUGGUGGUCUGACAAAAUAUUGUGCUUUUCUUUAUUAGGGCUCAUUUUCAUCAAGUUGCCUACUUAAUUCAUCUAAAAAAGUCAAGAACACCUUCAUGUAAUUCAAACCCUGCAUUAAUUAGCUAAAAUGUUCACAUUUAUAUUAUGCCUACAGUAAAAGCAGAUGGUCAUUUAUGCUACUUUACGGGCCAGUUCACACUUCAAAAAUUAAAAACCUGCCAUCUUCCCCUUGUUCAAAACCGGAGUUGCUUUCUUUUGUAGCAACAAAACAAGAUAUUUUGAAAAAUGCUUGACUUUGAUAGUAAUUUAUUUUCCUACUAUGGAUGUCAAUAGGUGCAAGCGACCAGCAUUCUUUAAAAUAUCUUCUUUUGUGCUUGACAGAAGAAAGAAACUCCUAAAGGUUUUAAACCACAUGAGGGAGAAUAAAUGAUGUGGUAAUUUUAAUAUUUGGCUGAACAAUCCCUUUAAUAAGUUUCAAGGAAAGCUCUACAAAUUAAACAUUUUUUACAUAUCAAGCAGGACUUUGAUGUUCAAAUUCUUCUAGGACACCACCAGUAAAUCUUGGUAAAUCAAGCUUUUUUUUCUGAAGCCUUGGGUAAAAAAAUCUGCAUGUUGUCUUUGAUGGCUUGAGAUUUGAUAAACAAACGUAGUAGGUAAAACAAACCUAGUGGUUAAAUCCUGCUUUUUUCAGCUUCGACUCUUAAAAACAGUGAAACCUAUUCUACCCAGAAACACUUUUGAAAAAAUAAUUCAUGCUUUUAUUACUUCUAGGUUGGACUACUGUAACUUACUAUACUUUGGGAUUAGUCGGACAACUCUAUCCCGUUUACAGUUAGUUCAAAAUGCUGCUGCAAGGCUUUUAACCAGUAUCAAAAAACAUGACCACAUCACACCAGUCUUGCGCUCUUUGCACUGGUUGCCUGUGCAUUAUUGUGUCACAUUUAAAAUUCGUCUCUUGGUUUUUAAAUCACUAAAUGGCUUCAUCAAACCAGAGACUAUUAUGCAUCCCUAAGUCGAGGCUGAAAUGCAGGGGUGACUGUGCUUCCGCAGUAGCUGGUCCUACAUUGUGGAAUGCUCUGCUUCUCAACAGUAGAUCUAUAUCAUCUCUGUCUGUUUUUAAAUCGGUUGAAAGCUUACCUUUUUGAUUUGGCAUUUUAUCAUUGUUUGUUUUGGCGAUAAUUGUAUAUUUUUCUCUUUGGGAUUUGUAUUGUGCAGCACAUUGGUCAACCUUUGGUUGUAUUAAUAGUGCUAGAUAAAUAUAACUGACAUUGACUUGAUUGAUCUAGCUUGAUUAGCUAGUUCAGGUGUGUUUGAUUAGGGUUAGACCUAAACUCUUGAGGACCAAGUGUGGACACCCCUGCUUUAGAGCAUCACCAUCCACCUUUUCAUACAAAAAAUGACACUACAGGGUUAUGAAUGCCAUUAAGGUGAAUAAAUAAUGAUCAUUUUCUUUAGUGAGUAAUACUUUUGGAUGUAAUUCUCUUAAAAACUAACUGUCUUUAUUCACAUCGGUGGUUUAGAGAAUGUUUAACAUCAACCGAUUCCUUCCAUUCCACAAACAGUCCACUUUUUAAAAAAAAAAAAUUUAUUAUUAUUGUUAUUUUCUAAAAAGUAUCAUUUUACACCUCACUUAGAGUUAAACAGCUUAGUUUUACCCUUUUUUAAUCCAUUCAGCCAGUGUUCGGGUCUGGCGGGAGCACUUUAGCUUAGCUUAGCAUAAACCAUUAAAUCGGAUUAGACCAUUAGCAUCUCACUCUGAAAAAAUAAUUGCUAAGCUAAAAGUGCUCCCGCCAAACUCUGAGAUUGGAUAAAUGGAUUCAAAAAUGGUAAAACUCAACUACUGUAAAAUCAGCCCAUUUCCCCCCAAAAGUGGAGCGUUGUUUUAAAAACAAAGUUUUUUGGCGGGAACAGCUAACGGGAGAUAAAAAAAAAAAAAAAGAUUGAAAAUAAGCUUUAUUUUUAAAAGAGUGUAGCCGAAGAUUAAGAACGCCAUAUCAGUUGCAGUCAUACAAUGCUAUUACAGAGCUUCUAUCCAGAAAUGUAUUGUAACACUAAUCAAGCCUGUUAAGGUUAAUAGACAAAGCACAUUUAAAUAAUAAAUAAAUGAAUAACCUACUCAUUUCAGGAUAUCCGUACAACUCUAUAUAAACGCUCAUGUGUUCAACUAAUUGGUGAAUAAUACAGAAAUAUAUCUCUAACUGUUCAUUUGAAAUGCUUUUAAAUGUCCUGAACAUGUUUGUGUGUGUGCUGACUGAAGACCAGAAAAGCACUUAUACAUAUAAAAUCAUUAUAUAUGAGAAUUCAAAUGUAAUAUUUAUAGUAAUCAAUGCUGGUGGACUUUUGUCAGUUUAUUGACCAAAUAUUGUGUGGUCUAUAACAGUGCUUUAAAUGUGCUUGCUUGUUUCUGUUCUGUAAAACUUUAAGGACUAAAAAAAGCCAUGGUGGACUCUAUUUACCUCUUUGUUUGCUUAUAAAUAUCGUGACAUGAUUUUUUAAAUAUUUCAACAUGCGAAGGAAUAUGUGUCGGUUCAGAUGUUAUUAUCGGAUCAUUUAACGUGUGAAUAUUUGACUGGUUUGGUUGUAUUUCUUUACGACUGGACUUUGUAUUUUUGUGAAGGAGAAGAACAGCUGAAUGAACAAGUCACAGGAAGCAUGAAAUCUCAUUGUUCUCCUCAAACAUGCAGAUAUGCAGUGUCUUGUAACAUUAUGCAUAGAGGUUUAUGUGCCUUUGAAGAACCAAGCAAGUGUUGCUGCAGCUUUUUCGUGCCCAUAGCUGUGCUGUUCUUGUGUUCAUUUCUGCUGUUCAUCUUUAAAGCUGUAACCUUUAGCCUUGACUACAUUUAUGCAUUAGACGUGAGACUGAUGUUCUUAUUUUUAACGUCCAUUUUGAAGAGCGGAUCAUUUUUUGUUUAUAUUACGUGGGUUGAAACAUUGCUUAUUAUACUGAACAAAUUCUAAUAAACUUUGUAAUGCUGA